GGCGCCUCUUGGCCGCCGUCAUUUCCGGUUCUCUGUCAUUCGCGAGCGAGCAGGCUGCAAGCGGGUCGGCUGCCUUCGCGGAGCAAUGCCUAAGUCAAAGGAACUUGUUUCUUCAAGCUCUUCUGGCAGUGACUCUGACAGUGAAGUGGACAAAAAGUUGAAGAGGAAAAAGCAAGUGACUCCAGAAAAACCCGUGAAAAAGCAAAAGACCGGGGAAACUUCCCGAGCCUUGGCGUCGUCCAGGCAGAGCAGCAGCAGGGACGACAACAUGUUCCAGAUUGGGAAAAUGCGGUACGUGAGUGUGCGGGACUUUAAAGGGAAGGUCCUCAUCGACAUUAGAGAGUAUUGGAUGGACACGGAAGGUGAAAUGAAGCCAGGAAGGAAAGGUAUUUCUUUAAACCCUGAGCAGUGGAGCCAGCUGAAGGAGCAGAUCGCCGACAUUGAUGAUGCAGUAAGGAAACUGUAACCCCAGAGCCAUCCAUCGCCUGGACUGUUUUAGUUCUUUUAAUCUGUCUUUUCACAUUGGCUUUUGUUUUCUAACUGUUGUUUUCCAAGCGAUUGUAUAUUUGGAUUGCAGAAUAAUUUGUAAGAUGAAGACUUUUUUUUUUUUAACGUGCAUUAUUAAAAAUGUUCUGAGUGAAGCUCACUGUCACCUUUUUUAAGGAGGACGGCUUUGUGUCCCCCACGUAGUGUAAAAUAAAAUCACGUAACACAAUCUCAACUGCCGUGGCCUUUUUUGAUCAGAAAAGUUGGUACUGCUUAAGGCCCAGUGUAUAGAUCUUUUCAUUUCAACUCAACUUUGGUAUUUUCGAAAGAUUUGCAUUGUAUUGAGUUUAAAAACCGCUUGUGAAACUCGUAGUUGAUCAGGUUUUUUUCCAGCCAGAUGUCUAGAUGUCUUAUCUUCUCUUGCCCCCGUUUUCCUUGGCUUCAUUUUCCAUAGAAACUCCGAUGUUUCGUUUGCAGUUCACAUUUUGCUGUGUUUCUUGAAUUUUCUUAAUUUGGAAAGUCUUUGUAUAACUGUCACAAUGUUAUCCUAGGUACUUGUAAUAACUGAAAACACUAUAUGAGGACUGCAAUCACUGAUUGACUGUCUCGAUGUCAUGGCCCAGAGAAGUGGCCCGGCUGGUAUGGCAGUCGAGCCAGUCCUGUCACUCCCUAGUGUUCUGUGUAGUUAACGCUCAGUUGUGUGGGAAAUAAUGACUCCGGUCGUCUGAUUUGCUUGCUCUUCCUCAGCGUGUUCACCAUGGGAUGAUGUCUCUGAAAUCAAACCCUGUUAACUAGAUUAGGAUUUAAUAAAAAUUGUGAAAACUCGGUAGUCUUAACAUUUUACUUCCUGACAUUGAGGAUGGGACACAGCCAGGAAAAGCGCCGCCUUGCCGGUCCCAGGAGGUGAUGUGGUCGGUCUCCAGAGGGAAGAUGUGUGUUUUGGCCGGGGCACACGCAGCUGCUUUGGACUCGACCUGCUGGGCCUGACCUGGGGUGUCGCUGAGUUUCAGCAGGCAUCCCGAAGUGGUUCCUACUGAACCCCACGAUGAAGCAGGCGCAGAUCCAGGCACAGAUCUGAAGAGCCGUGAAGCAAUAAAUAGAGUGUCGUGUGCCUUAGGGAAAGAAUGUGAGGGGCUUCAAGCCGAAACUGGAGAUUGUGACACUAAAGAGGAAGAACUGUCUUCAGAGUAAAUGAUGAAGUGCUUUCUUUGAUACUUAUAGGACACAGUUUCAGGUAGGAUAGUUAAAAAUAUUUCACGACGUCAAGUUUCAGGGAGCAGAAGGCACCAGAAUAUUCUUGACAGUUAUUUCUGGUAGCCAGUCUCAGAUGUUUAUUGCCAAGUCAGAGUUCACGACUACACUGUUUGAGUACUGCAUCUAAAACAUUUUCUAGGACUGUCAAGGACUUGAUAUCAAAACUGAUCUUCCAAGCAACUUAGAGUUACCUUUUCUUUAAAAAAAAAAAAUUCUGUUUUAAGCAUUUUUUACAUUAAAAAAAAAUUGCAGGUUUGAUGCCCAGCUUCACAUAUGGUCACCAUCAGGAGUAAUUCCUGAGAGCAGAGCCAGGAGUAAUUCAUGAACAUUGAGUUCCUAAUGUAUGGCCCGGCCCUCCCCGCCCCUAAAAAAAGAAAGCUUGUCUUUGGAGCACAGGGGGCCUGUUUGGUAGCUGUGGAAAGCAUUCCUUAUGUGCCUCACCAAGGGUAGUCUGAGCACAGAACUUUGAGUCGGGUAGAGGAGUGGAUAAUGGCACAUUUCCUCGGUGUGUGACUAUGGCGAAGGGAUUUGCCUUAGGAAACAAUGUGCUAGAGGAGAUGGAGCUGAAACCUGAGGGCAAAGCGUUGCUAGCUAUGCCAUGAGGUUGUUCAAAACUUUCAUAUAGGGAGUGUUUCUCCGGCAGGAUUUGGUAAGUUAACAGCAAAGCUCACUUACAUGCAUUACUGAGUCAUGCAGUGUGUAGAGUUUAAUCUGUGAGUCGGAAAGAGUGGAGAAGCAGAUGAAAGUAGAAAGCGGGUUGGAGAAAUCCCCAGUUUAACUGGCUGAUCUGCUUCGCAUGUGGACGGCCUGGGCUUAUCCCCGUCACCAUCAGGUGUGGCCCCCAAAAUCCAGGAAACAGACAUCGCAUUCAAGAGAGUGUCUCCUUACACUUCUUCCUCCUGGUAAGAUUUCUAGGAGGGGCUGGAGAGAGCUCUGGGCUAGAGUUGUGUGGUUUGCACACAGGAAACAUUUUAUUUUGUGGCAACAUGUAUGGCCCCCAGCUAUGCCAGGACUGGCCCCUCUUCCCCCAGCAUCAUUAGAUGUGUGUCCCCCCUAAAAAAAAAAUUCUAGAAAGGUAAAUGUUUGCAUUCCAAGGCAGCCAUUUCUUCUAAUGCCAAAAGGAACUUUAAUGGGCUCUGACAGGAAUUUUAGGUGACUUAGCUUUAUGUCUUUUAAAGUACCAAUGUGUAUGCGCUAAUACUUAUUUCAAGGAAUAACCACUGAAAAAAGAAAAAAGGACUUUUCCUCCUUUGUGCUAUAAUGCCGAAGAUCUUCUGAAGAAUACGCCUACCUCAUUAGCUACCAAACGGGCCACAUGUGCUCCCAAAGUGAUAAUCUGAUGUGUUUAGAAAGGAAAAAAAUACAUAUAUGUACAUCCUAGCUUGAGUAGGAAGGAUAAGAGAGGAACUGAGUGUUGUUUGAAUGUUUCUGAUGGAGGGCUGUUAUUUUAAAGAGUACUAGCCUUGAGAUAAUCUUUCCAAAAAUCCUUGGCAGUUCACUACGGAAAUUCAGCGAAAUGCGGUGGGUGUGUGGUUUUUUUUUUUUUUUAAAUUGGAAGUGGUAUUUAUCCAGAUCACUGUAGGGGAAAUAACCAAGUCACAAGUAUGUAAUCCUGUAACUGUGGAAUGAAUACCUGUUCUGUGUCUGGUACAUCUUCCAAGGAGAUGGCAAUGAUGAUAAAGCUCCGUAUUGUUUUCAAUGUUGAAAUAAAAACGAGCAAACGUG